AUGCCUCCGAUGUCGAUUCUGGACCUUGUGUCCGCUCUUCCCGCUGACGAUACCUGGGGUCCCGCUGUCACGACGGAAAAGACACUCGAUGGCGUCCCCUACGCACCCUACUCCAAGGGCGAUAAGUUAGGCCGCAUGGCUGACUGGAGUUCAGAGGGCAAAGAUGGCCGUGAUGGAAGAGGCGGGCGACAGGCAUAUAACCGUAACUACAGAGAUCAACAAGUAUACGGCGCUGGAACUGGCAGCUUGUUUGCAGUCCAGGUCGCGGAAGAUGAAUCGAGCUUCUCUGUUGUCGAUAACACUCGAACCUCUGUCAAGUCUCGUGGCUUUGGCCGAGGAGGCGGUACCAUUUUCCGUGGCCGUGGACGAGGUGGUCCUCAGCGAGGAAGGGGAGGUUUCCAGAGAGUGGGAGGUGGACGGGGUGGUCAGGGUGGAGACAGAUAUUUCGACAGCCGUGGUGGACGAGGAGGCCGUGGCGGUGGCCGACGAUUUGGAUGGAAGGAUUAUGACAAGCCACAGCGAAACCGAGACAGCUCUAUCGCCAUUCGACCGGAGUGGACCGUGUUGGAGGAGAUUGAUUUCAACCGCCUCGCUAAGCUCAACCUCGAAACCCCUGAAGGCCAGGAUAUUGAUAGCUACGGUUUCCUUCACUACUAUGACCGAUCCUACGAUAAAGCUCCUGUUAAGGGUGCCGAGAAGAAACUGCAGUCUCUAGACCGUGCUGCAUACAAUGUCACCACAUCUGCCGACCCCGUUAUUCAGGAAUUGGCCGAAAAGACAGAUGCUACCGUCUUCGCCACUGCUGACAUUCUGUCAAUGCUCAUGUGCGCUCCUCGCAGUGUUUAUUCGUGGGAUAUCAUUAUCGUCAAGCAGGGUGAUAAGAUCUAUUUCGACAAGCGCGACAACGCCUCUAUUGACUUGGUUACUGUCAACGAGAAUGCCACCGAUGCACCCCUCGAGGUUUCUGAAGCUCAGUCUGGCACGAAGCACGACCCCAUUAAUACCCCUGGUGCCCUUGCUCUUGAAGCCACCAUCAUCAACCACAACUUCACCCUCCAGACCGUCGUAGAGUCAGACACUGCCAAGGUCGAGUAUCCUAACAGCAACCCGUUCUACAACCCCUCCGACGAGACCGAGCCACUCGCCUCAAAGGCAUACAAAUACCGACGUUUCGAUCUCUCAGUUGGUGGAGAAGAAGAGCCCGUUCACAUGGUUGUACGAAGUGAAGUCGAUGCUGUGAUCAAGAACGUCAGCGGUGAUGACCAGCUUGUUACCCUACGCGCUCUCAACGAAUUUGACCACAGGGCACCUGGAGCCGGUGGUGCACUUGACUGGCGCAACAAGCUCUCCUCCCAGCGUGGUGCUGUGGUUGCUACUGAGAUGAAGAAUAACAACUGCAAGCUUGCCCGAUGGACCACUCAAGCCCUUCUCGCCAAGACCGAUAUCCUCAAACUCGGCUUCAUUGCCAGAGCUAACCCUCGUUCUGCCGCAUCCCACAUUAUCCUUGGUGUUAUGGGCUACAAACCCCGUGAGUUCGCUGGACAGAUGAACUUGAACAUCAACAAUGGAUGGGGUAUUGUGCGCACUAUCGUUGAUCUCAUUCGAAGCCGCGACGAGGAAGAAAACGAAGAUGGGAAUGAGAAUGAGGAGAGCAUCAAGAAAUACAUUCUUGUCAAGGACCCUAACAAGCCUGUUCUCCGACUUUACAGUGUUCCAUCCUCAACAUUUGAAGAGGAUGAGGAUAUGGACAGACAGGGAAGGGAUGCAAAGAUUGAUGAGGACGAUGAGUAA